UUCUUCUCUUCAAACUCUCCAUCUUCUCUCUCCAAAGUUGCCCGUCCUUUCUUAUCUUCUUCUCUUCAAACUCUCCAUCUUGUUCUCUGCAAACCUAAUCGCCAACCAUGAGCUGGUGGUGGGCUGGCGCCAUCGGAGCUGAAAAGAAGAAAUCAGAGGAAGACGACGGGCCGCCCAAGUACCAGCGCGUGGUCCUGAUAAUCGGCGUCACCGGAAUCGUCGGCAACAGCCUGGCCGAGAUCCUGCCGCUCUCCGACACGCCCGGCGGCCCAUGGAAGGUCUACGGCGCCGCGCGCCGCGCCCGGCCGCCGUGGGAUGACUACCACCCCAUCGAAUACAUCCAGUGCGAUGUGUCCGACCCCGACGACGCCACCGCCAAGCUCUCCCCCCUCCAGGACGUCACUCACAUCUUCUACGUCACCUGGACCAAACGGUCCACCGAGGCCGAGAAUAUCCAGGCCAACGGAUCGAUGUUCCGGAACGUUCUCAACGCCGUGAUUCCGAAUUGCCCCAAUCUCCAACACAUCUGCCUCCAGACCGGCCGGAAACACUACGUCGGCUCGUUCGAGAGCAUCGAGAAGGGCACCGCACAGCCACACGAUCCGCCGUUCCACGAGGAUCUCCCGAGGCUCGACGACCCGAAUUUCUAUCACAUUCUCGAGGAUAUUCUCCUGCAGGAGGUGCAGAAGAAGAAAGAGGGAACAAUCACGUGGUCGGUGCACCGCCCCGGCGUGAUCUUCGGAUUCUCGCCGUACAGCAUGAUGAACAUGAUCGGAACGCUCUGUGUCUACGCCACGAUCUGCAAGCACGAGGGGAUCCCGCUGCGGUUCCCGGGGUCGCGCGUCGCGUGGGAGAGCCUGACCGACGUCUCCGACGCCGACCUGAUCGCGGAGCACCAGAUUUGGGCGGCGGUUGAGCCGUACGCGAAGAACGAGGCCUUCAAUUGCAGCAACGGCGACGCGUUCAAGUGGAAGCAUUUCUGGAAGAUUCUGGGGGAGCAAUUUGGGGUGGAGUACGCAGAAUUCGAAGAAGGGUCGGGAUUCAAGCUGGAGGAGAUGAUGAAGGACAAGGAAUCGGUCUGGGAGGGGAUCGUGAGAGAGAAGGGAUUGGUGCCGACCAAAUUGACGGAAGUUGGUAACUGGUGGUUCGUGGAUCUGAUUUUGAGCAUCGAUUGCAUGUUGGACAGCAUGAACAAGAGCAAAGAGCACGGAUUCUUGGGUUUCAGAAACUCAAAAUCGUCUCUGAUUUCAUGGAUCCACAAAAUGAGAGCUUCCAAAAUCAUUCCUUGACUUUGCAAGCAUGCAGUACGGUAGUCGUCGUGUUGCUCUACUGCAUGUGAACAAAGUAAAUUAUGUUCCUUUUUUACGAGGCAGCGUUUGUAAAAGUCAUUGAAAUGUAUUUUAGAUUAAAAUAUUAAA